CGAAGUCCAUCAUGUCCACGUCCACUUCAGCAUUCGUGCUCGUCCAUGGCAGUCCUACAUCUCAGGUCCAGAAUGGACACCUUCCAGUGUACCUGUGUCCUCAAGCAUGUGCUUGUAUCGAGCGACAAGCCAGCCACGCAUAGCGACAACGACAGCAGCAGCAGCAGUGAAGCAUGCCACCGCCAAGCGCGUUCACUGCUCCAUGCCACACCGACGUUCGUCCCGUCAUCAAGGUCCGCAACUACAUGCACAUGUCGAACCGAUGGUUUCACGACAAAGGAACUGCUCUUCAAGGUUGUGCCGUUCGCCUGCAGCAAGUCCGACGGUGCCCAAGCAUGUCAAGCGAUGGUCACGUGCCUCCAGAAGCUCCAGCACCAACCUCUGACGACCGCAGAACUUCGCCUUCUGUACGACACAUUCCGUCGUGUCCACAACACUAGCAACGCCUGCGCCAAGAUGUAUGCCACCCGCGGCAUCGGCUUGCUUCGCCGGUGGCCGCCACCAAUUUGCACCGACUAAUGAAGAAUUGUGUAUUGUUUGA